AUGUCUCCUACACCUGUCUACCCUGCCCCAUACACCUGUCCACUUUGUCUCCUACACAUGUGUACCCUGCCCCCAACACCUGUCCACCUUGCCCCUUACACCUGUCCAUCCUGCCUCCUAACCUGUCUACCUGCCCCUCCACCUGUCCAGCCUGUCAACCCUGUCCCUACACCUGUCCACUUUGUCUCCUACACCUGUCUACCAUGCCUCCUACACCUGUCUACCCUGACCCCUACACCUGUCCACCUUGCCCCUUACACCUGUCAACCCUGCAUCCUACACCUGUCGACCAUGUCUCCUACACCUGUCUACCCAUCAUCCUACGCCUGUCCACCCUGCACCCUACACCUGUCGACCAUGUCUCCUACACCUAUCCACCUUGCCCCUUACACCUGUCCAGCUUUUCCUACACCUGUCGACCAUGCCCCCUGCACCUGUCCAGCUUUUCUCCCACACCAGUACACCCUGCCCCCUACACCUUCCCAGCUUUUCUCCUACGCCUGUCCACCCUGCCUUCUACACUUGCCCAGCUUCUUCCUACACCUGUCCACCAUGUCUCAUACACUUGUUCACCCUGCCCCCUACACCUGUCCAGCUUUUCUCCUACACCAGUCGACCAUACUCCCUGCACCUGUCCAGCUUUUCUCCUACACUGUCCACCCUGCCUUCUACACUUGCCCAGCUUUUCUCCUACGCCUGCCCACCAUGUCUCAUACACUUGUUCACCCUGCCCCCUACACCUGUCCAACCUUUUCUCCUACACCAGUCGACCAUACUCCCUGCACCUGUCCAGCUUUUCUCCUACACCUGUACACCCUUCCCCCUACACCUGUCCAGCUUUUCUCCUACACCUGUCCACCCUGCCCCACACACACCUGUCCAGCUUUUCUCCUACACCUGUCCACCCUGCCUCCUACACCUUCCCAGCUUUUCUCCUACACCUGUCCACCAUGCCCCGUACACCUGUCCACCCUGUUUCCUAUACCUGUCCACCCUGCCUCCUACACCUGUCCACCCUGCCCCUUCACCUUUCAAGCUUUUCUCCUUCACCUGUCGACCAUGCCUCCUACAUCUGUCCACCCUGCCUCCUACACCUGUCUACCCUGCCCCCUACACCUGUCCACCCUGCCCCCCACACCUGUCAACCCUGCCUCCUAA